AGACUCGAGGCGAAUGUGCUGCCUGGGCACCUGGCGUGGCAUGGUGGACACACCGCGCGACGAUGCGCGCCCCAGACACCCCUCGGGCGCGGGGCCGGCUUGCGGCGGACCGCGCACCGGGGGCAGCCGCUGCCGCCUGCGCGGACUUCGUCAAAGGAGUGCACGCGCGCCUCCGGCAGGAGCUGCGGGACGCGCUGGAGGCGGCCGAGGCGGCGGGGGCCGCGCCCCUGACGGACGCCGCGCGGGCGCGGGUGGAGCGGGAGGUGUGGGGCGCCCACCUGCAGCGCGCGGCCCGCCUGGAGGAGUACGCGCGGGCGAUGGACGCCCUGGCCACCCAGGUCUGGGAGCACAGCCCCGCGAGCGAGCCCAUGCCGAGGGGAACGCGAGGUGCUCGGCGGGCUCUGACGCGAUCGAGAACCGGUACGACUGGGUGCACAGCGCGUGCCAGGCCUGGUUCUUCGGCAGCGGGGCCGCGUCCGGCAUGCAGGCGGUGCUGGCGAAGGAGGCCCGGGCGAGGCAGUUCCAGCAUGGCCUGCCGGCGGGUGCGCCAGGAGGCGGCUGCGAAGGCCCCGGCCCAGAGCUGCCGGAUUCAUGGGCGAGGCCGCUGCGGCUGCUGGACGUGGGAUCCAACAACAACUUCUUGGGCCGCCAUGGUGAGCGCUUCGGCUGCCUCUUCGACGUCGUCGCCAUGGACAUAUCAAUGAUCCUCGGGACGUGUGUUAGCCCAAUGGGUGUAUGCCCCGCUCAAAUCCACCAGUAGCGCGCAGCGUGUGCCGGCCCUCAUUACGUUGCCGUCGUCGUGACCAAGGAAUUUUCGGUGGACAAGCAUAGGUUGGCGCCAAUGCACGUUUCGGGGAUCAUCGAACAUAGCGCCUGCCCACGAGUCUGUCGUCCGCGGCGACUUCCUGGAGCUGCCAGUCGCCAGUGGGGCAGAGGCUGCCCCUGGCGCCUGGCCGGCGGCCACCUUCGACGUGGUCCUGUUCUCGCUGCUGCUGUCCUACAUGCCCACCACGCGCAUGAGAUACAGGUGCUGCAGGCAGGCCCGCCGCCUGCUGAAGCGGCACGGGCUGCUCAUCGUGUUCGACCCCGACUCGCGCGGCCACCACAGGAGCGUGCAGUGGAUGAAAGACUGGAGGGCGGCCAUCGAGGGGCUGGGCUUCAGGCGCUGGCGCUACCGGAAGGCGCUGCACAUGCACUGCCUUGCCUUCCGGGCCGUCGACGAGCCGGCCUGCGCCGAGGGCGACGGGGACCACGCGCUGAUGCGCAUACCGCAGGACGACCCGGCCUGAGGCGGCAGAGGGUGCCCCCCUCCGCGGACGCGUGGUAGCAUCCGCCCGCGAGAACGGACAGCGCUCUUCUCAGGAGGAA